CGGGGAUCUGCUGGCGCCGGGGCGCGCACGGUCCCGCGUGGGUCAGGCUCGGCUCCCCCGGCUGCACCUGCUGCACACCGCUUUCCUUUUAACCCCGCUGCGUGCCCAUUUUUUUCCUCGCCCUUACCCCUUCCAGAAAUUAAUUCCUUCAUCCCUCAGCAUAACUAAAAAAGGGAUGGAUACAGAGAACGACGCUCCGGGCCCGAGGCGGGCGCAGCCCCCGCCGUGCCGCGGGCCGGGGCCAGUGGCGUGGCGGUCCCUGUGUCCCCUCCAGCGCCCGGCAGCGGGGCCCAGGACCCGUCACAAACAGCAGAUAAUGUCUUUCCCCGCCUUGCCUUCCCUCCCACCACCCUCUCAACCCUCAGCUUAUGACAUUAUUAAGGGGGAUGAUCAUUACCUCAAUGGCCGAACAGGGAGCCAAGAGGAAAGGCGGUCGUCGCGACGAGUGACAUUAUCAAAUAUACCUCGUGUCUUGGUCCAAGACUCUGCCCCGUCCUCUCGGUUCUUCCCCCGCCGGCCGCCCCAAGGCUCUACUGGCGGCGGCCAAGCCCGGGCUCCGCGUCCCAGCGCUAUUGCUAAGAAACUCUCAGCAGCUGCAGACAGGCUAACGCGCCUAUGAAGACGGGAAACAUCCGGCAAACUUCACAACGCCCGCUGUUUUCCCACUCGGUGGAAUACAGUAAAAGGAGAUGAAUCUUGUAGUAAAUACCUGGAGCUUCUUGAUGUCCAGAAACUCGCCCUUUACUCCAAAAUGCAGGAAGCCCCGGAGAGCGGCAGCAGCGCCAGCGCCGGCAGCUCCUUCUCCAGCCACGCCGCGGCCAGCAUCAAGGAGGAGGACUGCAGCCCCGAGAAGGAGCGACCCCCCGAGGCCGAGUACAUCAGCUCCCGCUGUGUCCUCUUCACCUACUUCCAGGGGGACAUCAGCGCCGUGGUGGAUGAGCACUUCAGCCGGGCGCUCAGCCAGCCCAGCAGCUUCUCCCUCGGCAGCGCGAAGGCGGCGCGGAACGCGGGCUCCUGGCGCGAUGGAUCCUUCCCAAUGAGCCAGCGCAUCUUCCCGCCGUCCUUCUGGAACAGCACGUACCAGCCCUCCUCGGUCCCGGCCAGCCUGAGCAGCCCCCUGGCAGCUGCUGCCCACAGCGAGCUGCCCUUCGCCGCUGCCACCGACCCCUACGCGCCCGCCUCUCUGCACGGCCACCUGCACCAGGGCGGCCCCGAGCCCUGGCACCACGCGCACCACCACCACCACCACCACCACCACCACCCUUACAUUGGGACACAGGGCACUGCCUACCCCCGCCCCACCGCCAUGCACGAGGUCUACGGGCCCCACUUUGACCCCCGCUACGGCUCGCUCCUGGUGCCCACAGCCUCCGUCCGCCCCCACCGCCUCACCCCCGCCUCCGUAUCCACACCAGUCAGCCCCCCCUGUGAACUGGGCAAGAGUGAAGCGGGUGCUGCUGCGGCCUGGACGACACCGGGCCCCUUCCCCAGUCCAACAGGAGACAUGGCACAGAGCAUUGGCCUCAAUGUGGACACAGGUUUGCAACCUCAGGAUAAAAGCAAGGAUCUGUACUGGUUUUAGAGCUGUCCUUCACUCUUCUUCCCCUGGCUCUCCCCUGUAGCUCUCUACCCGUUAGACAUGGUGGCAUUCAGAGCUGAAAUCGGGUCAGUUUGUAACAGCUUCUGAUCUUGGUUUGCAGCUCGCCGUUACUCCUUCUGUGGUGGAUCCCUUCUGAGCUGAUGUGCUGACUCAAAGACUCUCAGAUCCCCCCUUGCCCUUUUCCAAGCCCACCGUGGCCCUGCUGCUCGGGGGAAGACAACGGGAUUUAAAAGGACCUGGCACUGCAAGGGUGGUACUUUAGACUAUUUCGGAGACGAAAGUCGUUCUGUUGCAAGAGGAGAGCCAAAGACAUUGAACUUCUAUUUAAGCAGACCCCACACCCAGACCUGCAGCCAGACUACUCUGAAAGAGUCAAAUCAUAUCAUGGAUGGCGAUGCAAAACCACUGGCCUUCAUACAGGCAACAGAGGAAAUUGUGGGGUUUUUUUAGUGGUGUGAAUAUUUUUUUAUGGCAGUGAAAGUUUUCUUGAGUGCAACCAUGUGGAAGCUACUCAGCAGUUUUUAACUGGAUUUUUAUUUUGCAUUAUAGAAAAGUAAAAGGAGAAGAAACUGGAACUCAUGAACAUUUUCAGACUAUCAAGGAACUGGUCAGAUUUUUCAGCUUUGUGGUUGUGAGUGGCAAGUGUCUGACUGGGGCCACCUGCCCUGGACUUACAGAUAUGCAGCUGUUCCCCUCACAACUGCUUAAAUCCCAGAAAGACGAAAAUCAAGGUGGCACUUCUCAGAGUUUGGCACAUUGCAUUGGCUGUAUAACAGUUGUUUGGUUGGGGGUGGGGUUGUUUGUUUGGUUUUGGUUGGUUUUGUUGGGGUUUUUUUUUUUUUUUUUUUUUUUUUUUUUUUUUUUUUCUUUUUACAAUAAACUUUUUCUGGUGACAGUUAAACCCUCUUAAAGCAGGGGGAGAAAGGAAUCUGAUGAAGAAUGGCUCACCUCCAACCCAACAGCCUUUAAAGGGAACACCAGAACAAAAAGCAUGUGAUGGACAUUAGUUCUGAGUUGCCUCUAACACUUCCCUUUGUCUACUUGUUUCUGUCAUUUUGCCACUUUAGUAGCUCUUUUGUUUGGGGUUUUUUGAAAGGGGGAAAUAGAUAUUUAACAGUAGCAAAGCUGUAUUAAAGGUAUCUCCUUCUUUCACCCUGUGUACUUUAAUGAAGAAUUAAAGCUAAAUAAGAGAAAUGAGGCAAACUGGAGACUUCAGGAUGAAGCAGAGAACAUAUAUCUCAUGUGGAUGAAGUGAGUUAUUUUAUUAUUUUGCAUGAAAGAUAGAUAGAAAUCCAGUUGAAAACAGCUGAAAAUAUUUUCUUGGUGAGUAAAAUACACAGUGAUAAAUACAAAAGAAAAGAAAAUAUGAGAUAUGAGACCAUUUUAGAGUAUGGUGUGGCUGUAAGAUUUGUUAAAGUAAGGGAGCUGCUUCACAUUUCUUUGGCUAAAAGAGGGGACUCAAUAGCGUAUAGAGCUGCUAUUGAGGUGGUAAAUUAAAAUGUUACUACCAGGUGAUGAAUAAUGAAUGAAACAGGGUAGAAAUGGCACUUACUCUAUACUUAAAAGCUGACUUUUUUACAGACAAAACAUCUGAUCCUAAUACUAUUGUGCUUUUGGUUUUUUUCUCUUUGUUUUUUUUUUUUCCUUUUUGUAAUGUCUUUGAAGCUGACAAAUUUUAAAAUGUAUAGUAGGAAAUUCCUAACAUUGCCCCCUGACACUGAGAGAAGCAGUAGAAAAUGAACUUUCGUGCUGCGACCAGAGAUUUUACCUUCCAACCUCUCACAAAAUUUGGCAUAAUGCUCACUGUUUGUCAGGAGUGGAGUUAUGAAUAACACAAGCUUGCUUCUCCUAGGUUUGGUGAUAACUCAGUAUCUGGGAAAGAAUGGGAAUCCUAACAGAAAGAUUUUGACAAAGCAGUGCAAGUACACACUGUGAGAAGCUGACCAGGAGCUCCUCCAGCCAGAGGUUAGCAAAUGGCAGGGGGGACUUGCAGUGAUUUCCUCAGCCAGACAAACUCAUGGGCAUUUUUCUCACAGCCUCCAAAUAGCCAGAGCCCAGGCAAGCUGUGAAGAGCAAGGGAGUGACCCCAGAAUUUACAUUAUUUGUUAAACCAAAAGCCUUACAAGGUGUUUAUCAAGGAAGAAGGCACCAGCUUUUUGCAGCAGAAAAGUAAUUAAAAACAGUUUGACUGCAGAAGCUUAAAGUUAGCAGGGUCAUUUUGUGAGCAUUUUCCUGAGGGCUUUUCCAGGCUGUUUUUUAAGAUUUUUUUUUUUUAAAGAUAAAUCUGAGUCUAAGAUUGGCUGUGCUUCACCACAAUUAUUUAUUUUUUCUUUCUUUUUUUCUCCCCUCUUCUCUGUAAUUCUUAACAAGUAGGGCUGAGUGACAGAGCCCAAAUACAUUUGGAAAUAUUAAUGUAAACAUUAAUGAGUCAUUUGCUACAUUGGCAUUUACAAUUAAUUUUGACUGUGAAUAUAUUCAAGCACGAGAAUUAGUGCAAUGAAUCCAUGAAUAUUGGUUUUGGAAUUUGUUCUGUGGGCACAUUUUUUACUGCUUUAUCAUGAAAACAUCUAAACACAAAAGCCAAGACAGUGGCUCAAGGUGCUAAAAAUACAAACAACUUUUUUAAAAUGGUCCUUCUCUGGGUGGACUGCAACCUGAAAGCACACACGCCCUGUUUUGGCUAAUCCUCGCAGUUUUGCUCACUCUGUGUUAUUCUGACUCCUGAAGGAUCACCAAACUUUAAGGCCUGGGCAUUAGUCUUUGCAGGACUGGGGCCACAGCUCCUAAUGCAGUAACAGUGCACGUGACCUCCGUGCCAUUUCUCAAGUCUGUUUUAUUCCUCUUUGCAUCAUAGGUCAUUACUCCCUUAGUCAUGAAUGCUUGUAGAAAAUCUGGAAUUACAAAAGAAGCCCUUCUUAGAUGUUACGUAAAUAUUACCUGUCACAUGCUUGUCACACACUGAAGGGGAUGUGAGUCCCCAUCUCUGCAGCCUGGACAGCAGUUCCUCCUGCUGUCCCUUUCUGAAUGUCAUGCACCACACCGUGCUCUCUAGCUGCCCACCUGACAAACAGACCAGCCCAGCUGGGACGGACAAACAGACACAAACAGCUUCAGACCCAUUCGUGCAGAGUCCAGCGAAGGAGGCAGAGGGACAGCAUCUGCUGCAGAGCAUGGCAGUGCUGGACAUAGCAAGGGUAUUUGCUGCUGCCCAAUAGCAAGAGUGUCCUCUCCACAAGGAGUUUCUAAAAUGAGUUCUGGAUGUAUUCACCACAGAAAUGUGAGGACUAGAAGCACCACCAGCACCCUGGGAAGCCAUAAGUCAGUUCAGAGAAUUCUGAAUAACCUUUGGAAGGCCCUCCCAAAAAAUGUUAAGAAAUUGAAGGAAGAUAGAGAGAAACUGGAGUGGAGAGGCAGGUCACCUGGUGAGAGCAAGCAUUUCUUGGCUGGAGGCUCCUGGCUGGAGUUUCAUUACACACAAAGGCCAAUGACCGUGUAGCAUUUUUGGAAAAUAUUGUUGAGAACAAUCCAUCAUGGAACAGACUUUUGGACUAUUUGUUUUGGUUGUCAUCUUUCUACUACUACUACUGUGAACACAAGAAAUACUUUACUUAGUCCCAGCUAGAAAUGAAUACAAAUUUUAAAAAUCACUAACUUAUUAUACAAUGUGUUACAAUUUACAGUCUGAGACAUAUUCCAUGCCCCAAACUGUUUUUGACAGGGUCAUAGUGGAGCACACAUUUUAGUCUGGAAACUCAAGUAGAACCUGAAUGGCCUUUUUUUGCUUAAAUCAAUCUCACUUCUGGAGUCCACGUCUUACUGAAUUCCACCACAUGAGAUUUACAUGGCAGGCAGAAAAAGGCAGAAAAUUAAUUCAAGGCUGGAGAGCUAUAGAAAAUUGACAUGCAUGUGUCCUUGAUCAGAAAAUCCAGCAACAAUAAGACAUCACGAGGAAUCUAGAGCUUCAAUCAAGUAAACAGCAUAACAUUUUAAUGGGCUUAUUAAGACUGUGCUUGGGCAAAGAGGGAGACAACCUACAGGUGAAUUAUAAAUAUACAGGAAAAUAAGUAUGGCAUUUUACAUGUAAAGGGCUUGUCAAUUGUUUAGUCUUUUAAAAUACAUUUAAAUGGAAGGAUGAUAUGCAGAUGAAUAAAAUUCAAGCUACCCUGUUUCCUGAAGGGUAUUUCCUAUAUGAGAAUCACCAAAUGAACCUGAGGAGAAGUUAAGAAGGACUUUUGAGAACUGAAGCAUGAAAACAUUGAAUGGGAGCAUGAAAACAGUUGCUCUGUCUUCUCCUCCCAAUGCAGAUCCAGCAAUGGGUCUGUGGCAACUGACCAGCUGCAGCUGGGCAGAACCUAUGGAAAGGGGAGAAUGAGAGGAAACCAGAAGAGGGAACAUGACAGCUGGUGGGGAAAGGUCCAAGGCUCAGGAAGAGAGUGUGCCAAGUAGAAGUUCUGACAGCCAAAGCUCUGCCUACUCUGAAUUGCCCUGCUUACCACAGUGGGCCAGAUUUUACCAACCAAGGAGUUAUAAGCAGGGUUUAAUGGAGUCUGAUUUUAAAAGUGACUGCUGUGAACAGAUUCUCUGACUGAAAUUACGUUACGGAGUACAGAGCUAUUAUUAAAACCACCCUUAAAGUCCAUGACCAUAUACGACCAUAUUUUCUGCACUAAACUGAUUUUUUUCAAAUUUUUGUCCUUCAAACUGACACUUUUAUGGAAGCCUCAAUCCAUGUUUUCCUUUGCAACUUAGUAAUUUCUAAGAAUGCAUCUUUUGCUCCUGGCAAAUAAACAAAACAAUGGUCUUUUUUCUAGGACCUCUGCUGUGUGGCAGAACCUGAAAUUUUGGCAAAAUAAUGUUUCUUACAUUAAGAAUGUGUAUUUGUCAUCCCAGUGAAAGUAAUUAUUAGCUUAGAUUGAGCAAGUUAACGGCUGGAGAAAGAUCAGGCUUAUCUGACACAUGCUAAGCAGAGACUUGCUCUGAAACUGAAACUCAUUCAUGUUACAUCUGUGCCAGGUCUAUUCCACCACAAACACAGUAACCAAUCUUCCAGCCCCUUUCCCCAGUUCCAAGCAGCAGAAAGGUAGGUUUCUCCAGAAAUUUCAGCCCUGCUAAAGAUUUUGACAGAUAUUGAUGUAAUGCCACAAGAACUUCUUAACUCUGUUAGUUUUCAUGUCUCUGUUGCCUGUGGAGUUAGGGAGCACAGAGAUGUCUAAGUGAGGAAACCAAAGUAGCUCAGGAGUGGGUGCAAGCAAUGGAAUCAGUACAGCCCUGUGUCCAGUGGAUGCUGUGCUCCUCUAGCCAUCUGAAAAUGAAACAUCUGGUCUGAGAUACUAUAACUGAAAUGUUGUAUUUCGGACACUAUCCUGAGUAAUGUGUUUGGGGGGACCCUGCUUGAGCAGGGAUGUUGGAGCAGGGAUGUCACUUCCAGUGGUCCCUUCCAGUCUCACCCACCCUGUGAUUCUUUGUGAACCAAAUUAAAUAUGGCAAGUCACCUGGAUGCCAGCCACCAUCAGUGAAGAGUAAGGCAAAAGGUGACCCCUUUCCUGCUGUGAUACAUGCCCAAAAAACAGGAGCUGUCACUUUCUGCUUCUGACUGCAGAGCUACAUAGAAGAGUAUCCUAGAUGAGGCUCCUAGCCUGUAGACAGCUGCAUUUAGGUGAGAUAAAGUCCAUCCAAAAUGUAAGACCUAUUAGCUUGGGCAUAGUGCCUAAUUAAUUGGCUGUAGUCCUUUCCUGAGCUAAUGCCAGGCUUACAUUUGUGCCAGACUGAGUAUCUCUUUCCUGAAUGUCAUUAUUGAGAGCUAAGAUACCCUUAAAGAAACUAAAGAAUUACACUAUAUGCAAAUUGUUUUUCAUUAUUGCAUAAGAGUGCAAAAUAAGCUGCUAAAAAACAUGAAAUGAUAGAUUAUCUGUGCUAGACUCUUCAUGUCUUUAUACAAUUUUUAGUCUUGCAAUGUAAACAUGCCAUGAACAGACUGGAUUUGACAUAAAGAGAAAUCACAAUGGAAAUAAACUGACAUUUGUAAAGCUUCACCAAAUGAUAAAGAUUAACAAAAUAUCAAAUUAAGUGACAAUUGAACAAUGCCAGUGAAUUGAAUAUAGAUAGUAUCCUGAAGAAAAAUGUCUAUGUGGUUGUGUAAUUCCUGGGAUGGAUCAGAAAGUUUUCAGGAAAACAUGAAGUACUGAAGUAUCAAAACUGUUUGUGAAUCAGGGUCAGUUCCUAGUUCAGUAAUAAUUUGUGAAGGAAAA